AUGGUCUACGGCAGGGGUCUCCAGGAAGCCAACUUUGAGACCUACCAGCGCCGCGAGAGCUUCCGGCAGCUCAGCCAGCAGUGGCACUACCUGCUCGGUUUCCCCUCUGCACUCCAUGCCUCCUCGGCAACCGUGCGAUCCAAUUCCAAAAGGUCAAGAGCCCACAUCGACACGGAACAAUUCCAAGAGCUCCAGGCCAUCCGCUGGAAGCAGCUUCGCAGGGUCGACCUGGCUCUCGAGCUGAGGAGGCUGCUGGGUAGUAAUGCCACGUUCCGACCCGGGCAGCAUCUGGUCGUGCGGGCGAUCAUGCAAAACAAGAGCCCAAUCGUCGCCGUCAUGCCCACCGGCAGCGGCAAGAGUCUGCUCUUUCAGCUGCCAGCGGCGAGCUGCCCCGGCGGGGUCACAGUCGUCAUCGUGCCCCUUGUAUCUCUGCAGGGCAAUCUCUGUGAUCGUACCAGGGACAUGAACAUCGCGGCGGCUCAGUGGCGAUCUGAUCAGACGAUUGGACAUGCCAGGAUCGUCUUUGUGACGCCAGAGACCGCACUGACCAAGCGUUUCCAGACCUACCUCGACGUGCUCCAGUCCCAGGCCCAGCUGGACCGCAUCGUCGUUGACGAAUGCCAUGCCAUCCUUGAGGGCAACUUGAAGUUCCGGCCGAAGCUGCGUGAGCUUGGUCUCCUGGCCCGGCGCGGUGUGCAGAUGGUCUACCUGACAGCAACGCUAGCCAUCGCAGACGAGGCACCCUUCUUCCAUCUCAUCCACUGCGACCCCAAAGACGCCGCAGUCUUCCGCAACCCCACGAGCCGGCCCAACAUUAGCUACAGCGUCAUCGCCAUCGACAUACGCAACAGUGACGACAGACGGGCCUCGACUGCGAGCUUCAUGAGGGCGCUGAUUGAUCAGAAGCUCAGCAUGUAUGCCAGCUCGGCCAAGGUCAUUGUGUACUGCCCAACCCGGAGGGCAACCGAGGGGCUCGCGGAAGACCUGGGCUGCGACGCAUACUACAGCGACGUCAGCACGGCCGAUGGCAAGGCACAGCGGCUAAGGGCCUGGAUGCAGGGCCAUGAGCGGGACCUCUACCAGCGUGGCCGGGUCAUCGUGGCAACCAACGCUCUCGGCCUAGUAGUCAAUGACAAUAUCGAUUCUGCAAGAAUCGGCUACAAAAAUGGGUGCGCAGGGUCCGUGCACUGUUGCAAUAUCGGUUGUUGCUAG